UUGAAAACAUCGCGCGUACGCAAACGUGUUGGUUAUUAAGUUUAGUAAUUAGUUAUGUCUAUUCAUUAAGAAAGUGUGCUAUCAAUAUAGCUAAAUGUACGUUGUUGUAAAUGAUGAUGGCCAGUUGAGUGCUGUAUAAUUUAGUGCCACCUGGACGGGUGCAAUGGAUGUCAGUUGGAAAGACAAGUUGGAUUCCGUCGCGAGGGAAACCGAACAAAAUCUAGAGAGAGCACGGAGAGCACUUGGUACAAACUCACAUGAGAAAUUAUAUGGAAGAACAAGUUUUGACACGACAAUGGGUGAACCAGCUUGGAGGUCGACACCCAGAUCCUUCCAUUCGGGGAGGCUCUUCAGGACGUGGAGUCAGCCGAGAAGAGUAACCUUUGCUGGCGUGGAGCCGGAUACUGGAAGUUCGGCCAUGAUGGAGUUACUCGUUGAAAAACUCGACAGCCAGUCACAGUUGAUUAGUGGUCUUGAGAAAAAGGUGACUUCGCUUGAGGUAGACGUCGCAGAGAAGCACAAUACAAUCAAAUCUCUACGAGAUGACCUAUCAUACAUCAACGAGCGUAUGCUUGAGAAGGGUGUGGAUGUAAAGACGGAGGGCCGGGUGAAUCAGUGGAGAAAAGACAUUCUAGAAGAGAUGGCUUACAUACGAACUCAGUUGCAAGCUGAUAAGGUUGAACUUCAUGACCGAAAUAGCAAUGACAACUUUCUUGUCCUCCAAAGGGAAUUGCAGGACCUGAGAAGAUAUGUGAAAGAGGAAAUCACAGCACAUCAAGGAUAUAUAGAGAGCAUUAGAACCAGAUUAGUGAAACUGGAGUUGGAGAUGACAACCGUUCUUGCGUCUGGAAGAGACGUUGGCUGCCGGCAAGAUCGACUUGAUCAGAAACUCAGGGGUAUUGAAGAUCUGCAAAUGGGCCUACUUGAUGUGGAUGAAAUAGUUCGUAAUGGGGACACCCGACAAUAUAAAGAACUCAAGUACGAUGUUAGCAACCUGGAAAAGAAAGUGACCAGUUUGGAAGAAACCAUGAUCACACAUAUGUCACCAAUAAAACAAAUAAGAUACAGCCAGGAGCCGCGGCGUCUGCCGACGCGACAUUCGAAUUUUGCCGUGCUGGAUAGCCAGCCACAGAUUGUCGACACCUUGGAACACAGCUCCCCUAUUAAACCAAUACGCUAUACUGAGGAGCCGCGUCGCAGGCACGGCAGGAGCCGCGACGGUGGCGGCGGCCAUCUUGCUCAGCUCAGCCCGGACACGAGCGAGUUUGACGUGAGCAGCAGCGAUGUAGACGCGCUCAGUCUCGUGAGCUCUGACCUUGAGGGCGACCUUGUGCAGAACGGAGGACCUCGCAUCGACGAUAACCAGAUAGACAUGGCAGAGUCGUCACUAGAAAGCUGCCCUACAACCAGUUAUGCUACCUCAUCUACUGGGUCUAUAACUCCGGGGGAAUUCUAGGUUCGUUUUAUUAAGUAUACAUCCAAGAACAGUCACUAUUGUCUGUACAUCACGUGAAACCAGUUCUAGAGUUUUAGUAAAGAAACAUGGAAAAAACCAUGGUUGGAAAUUCACACUAUGAUGUUUUUGUGUAGUGUUUUCAGGACCCAGAACUCGUAUCAACAGGGUAGAUAGAAUUUGGUACUUCUCUUGUUGCUAUAAGUAAAUUCAGUCAAAUUAGCUGUGAUCUACAGGCAGUAAUCUCAACAUGUUGGAAGCAUACCUCACCGCAGUUAGAAAAGUAUGUAAAGAAUGUGUACGAACACCCAGGCAAGUUGUAAUUUUUUGCAUAUACAGGUGCUUGCUCUUUCAUAUGCUAUCAUUAUAGAGUGAAUGCAGCUAGUGCAUUUAAUAUUAAUUUCCCACAGCAAUAAUAUCUCUUGAUAUAGCAUGAUAUCAAUGCAUGUGCUAUGUGUACAAUAUUUGUGCAUGAGCCAACCAUAUUGCAGAUUUCAAAUAUAUCAACUUAAAUGUAAUAUUGGUAAAUAACUCUCUUCUCUAGCACAACGUUUCUAGUUGAUACUCAGCAGCAUUCAUAGUUCAAUAACAGCGAUAUAAUUGAUCUUAUAAUCAGAUAAAACAAAUAAUAUCUCGCUUGCAAAAUAUUUUUAAAUAAAAUCUCGCUACUUCUAAGUAAUCUUAAAAAAUUAUGACAACAAGAUUUGUUUUAGGUAUACUGGUAUCUUGCACUCAGUGGGUUUAUUCAGAUUAGAUUCUUACUUAAAGCAAAUGUCAUAUCGAUUUGGCAAGUUAUUACCAUUUAUUUAAUAAUAUAAUGAGAAUUAUUUUGUGCUGUUUGCUAAA